AGUGCCACGUGCUGUGUUGUGUCGCAGGAUGAAUUUUAUCAGGAAUCGUAAUGAUCGUCGGGUGGAUCCCUUACCUGAGCCACGCAUAUUUCGUCACAUCCCACCGGGUUGUGAUCGGGGAAACACGCGAAGCAUCCAUGACACCUUGAAUGAAACACUGGCAGCCGGUGAGCCGUACGUUGUGUGCGCCAUUGCGGAAGGUCGGGGACAUGCGGUGCUGGAGGUUGGAUUGGCCGCCAUCGAUUUGGUCGCUCCGGUUUUAAGGAUGUCACAAUUCAGUGACAACUUUUGCUAUUCGAAUGCGCUGACAUCAUUGAAGGCGCUGGAUCCGGCUGUGAUAUAUUUCAGUGAGCGCUCGUUAAACAAUCAGUCAUCCACCCUGCCGGGUGUCAUACGGACGGUCAUGCCAGAGGUCCAGAUUGUUCCACUUCCCAGGCAGUUCUUCAACGAUGUCAACGCUAAGAGAUUCCUGGAAGGUUAUUGUACCUCUAGUUACACUGUUGUGAAGGAUUCCAUUGUCUCCAAGUACUACGGACUAGCGGCAAUUGGUGCCCUCGUGAGACACUGCCUGGAGAGUAAUCUGCUGCGAAUCGCCUCGAAAUCGCUGCAGUUUCAGUACCUCAACAAGCAGAACACCUUAGCGAUCGACAUCGAGUGUGUCCGUCAUCUGGAGUUGAUCUAUUCUCUGCAAAAUGUAACGGACAAGAACUCACUGUAUAGGGUUUUGAAUCACUCUAUAACCGGAGUCGGAAAGAGACACCUGCGGGCGAAUCUGCUGGAACCUAGCUCAUGUCAGCGGACACUCGAAGCUCGACUGGAAGGUGUUGCCGAGCUGCUCGCAAAGGUUGACGUUUUGUGCGGUGUUCAAAGAAUUCUACGGGACCUGGUUGACAUUGGAGGACUGAUGAGACUUUCGGUGGAUGUCGAUAAUUUGAAAACCACUAAACAGAAUACGAUCCACGUUUUGAAUCAAGCCUCCACUUUACGCAACGCUCUAAAAUAUGUCCCCGAGUUGAACUCCUUACUUGCGCCAACCGAAUCGUCUGUCUUGCGUGGAAUAAGGCAGUCGUUGGAAAAUACAGUUUAUUACUCGCUGUCGGAGAAAAUUUGGACGGUUCUCACUUCCAGCGAGAGUGUUUCGCCAACCGCAGACUAUAAUCGUCUUUUUCUGGUGAAAUCUGGGGUUUCCUCAACUUUGGACGCACUUCGGGGGCUGUACUCGGAAAUGAUUGACGAAAUUAGAGAAUACGUCGCUGUGUUAUCACGUGAUAACAAUAUGGCACUGAAAAUGUCCUGCAACAAGUCUUACGGCUUUCACAUUCAAGUCAACCAAAAGCCGACUGAGAAUGGAUGUCUCCCGCGUACUUUCCGCGUCCUGAAACAGGCGGGUCAACGUCUCAGUUUGACUACCGGACAUCUUCAGGUACUGAAUGAACGAGUUAACGGUAUCAUUGUGGAAAUUGAAACCGUCAGCUAUUGCAUCAUUAAGGAGCUGAUCGAGGAAAUACGGUUGGAAGUGGACCUCGUUUAUAGAUUGGUAUCACACGUAACCGUCCUAGAUAUACUGCAAUCUUUAACUGUUGCCAGCCAAACUGACAACUAUUGUCGCCCGUGUUUCGGAAGAUCAACCAAAGUAGUGGCGGCACGUCACCCCCUUCUCGAAUCCUACGCCGAGAACGUAAAAGUUAUUAAAAACAACAUCAUAGCAACUCCGGAAUACAACGUGUUCAUCGUAACCGGGCCGAACAUGAGCGGCAAGACGGUCUACAUAAAAAUGAUCUGCCUGCUACAGAUCAUGGCCCAGCUGGGUUGCUACGUACCGGCUGCCCGGGCUGAGUUCCAUAUCGCAGAUCGGCUGAUGGCCAUCUUUGGGGCUGCCGAGAAUGUCGAACAGGAUUCGUCCAACUCGAAGCGUAUGUCACGACAGAUGACAAUUAUCGGCAACAGUUUGACCGUCAACAGUUUGGUUGUCAUUGAUGAACUGUUUGGAGACACGCCCUGUCCGGCUACGACUGAUCCUCGCUGGAAACUGUUGGAGCAUAUUGUUAAGUUUAUGGAUUUCCAACCAGGGGCUGCCUGUGAAAGUUUGGCUGCCAUUGGGCGACCUUUCGUUUACCUUACCACCCAUUGUCACGACAUGCUGCGAUCGCUGGAACAGAAUAACAACGUAUCACUGCUUUGUAUGAAAACGGAAACUUCGGAUCUAGAUGGAGUGAAUCGUCUACGUUACAAAUACAGUGUAACCGAAGGUAGGACAACCGUGAAAAAUUAUGGCAUUUCGCUGGCAAGAUGCGUUCACAUACCGGAAAGCGUGAUCCAGCGGGCGGUGGAGAUCAACCGGCAGUUGAGCGGUGAAUUUCUUGGUCAUAAUACGACCACCGUGAAUAGUUCACUGUCGACCGAAGCAAAUCGGAACCUUUUCGACAGACGUUUGUACGAUCUUUACGCUCAGAUGGCGUCUCUUCUUUCGACUGCAUCCGGUGAAUUACAGGCCGAUCGUUUGGGUGAACAAUUGGAGCAACUACUGAGAGAUUUUGCAGGUAAAUUAUCGCCCGAAGUUGUUCGAUUUCUGCAGGAAACUCCACUGGAGCUACUGCUUCGACAGUGUGGCGAUUCAACGAUGGCUAACAGUGGAACCGUGAGUACUAACCGAAUAACUAUAACAAGUGAAUCUUCUCUCGUUAAUGAAACCGAUUCUACUAACUAA